GAGGCGUUCACGGUCAGGGAGGGAGGCGGCGGAGAAAAUCUGACACGCCAGCUUCAGCGGGGACGUAUCGGGCAGAGGGUGGAUACCGAAACUAAUCAAAAGGGCCGUUCAGCACCUGAACCAUCAAUCGCGUUUAUGGGUUAAGGCGAUCAAUCACCAGACCAUCGGAAGAAUCUCGGAAGUGUAAUUCACCAUCGGCGCUUCUUCUUCUUUUUUUUUGGUGACUAAUUAUCGGUGACAACAUGGCAGAUUGUAACGUUAGCAUCGACCAGAAUAAACUACCUGGAGUGAAAGAGGUGUGCCGAGACUUCGCUGUGCUGGAGGACCACUGCCUGGCGUACAAUCUUCAGGAACAAGAGAUCGAGAGCCACUUGGCCUCCAACGUCCAUAAGAACCGCCUGGUGCAGAAAGACCUGAUGGUUGCCAAGAAGCUGCAAGAAGAGGAAGAUGAGAGGGCCAAGGUCCAGAAGCAGAAACAACACACUGACAUUGCGCAGCAAGAUAAUGAGAUUGCACAGGAGAUUCAGGAAGAACUGCUCCGACAGGCAGAGCAUCAGCGACAGCAAGAAGAGAAGGAUGCGGCCAUUGCUCGUAAGCUGCAGGAGAAGGAGAUGAAAGAGGAAAGGAGGAGACAGAAGCAGAUGGAUUCAAACCUUGAGGAGGAGUACUUUGAGGAUCACGGAGCUGCAAGACCCCUAGACGUGGACAAACAUUCCCACAAAAAAUCAAGUUCUCCUGAUCGCUAUGACGCGUACGCUCCCUCGCGCCCACGCCGGAACAACUCUCCAGAAUAUUAUUCAACCGAACCUAAACGGACCAGGUACCCAAAAGUGGACUCUGUAGCGCCCCACAGCCACUCCAGAUACCCUGAGCACUCCCUGGUGGCAGAAGGAGGGCGUAGCAGGCUUGCAGAUCCGUACCCGGAGCACCUGCUUCCCUCCAGAGGCAAGCAAGGAGACAGGUAUCCAGAGUAUGAGCCUGCACACACUGAUGGAGACAAGGAUCCAGGGGGUAGUAGGGACACAGAAAGAGUUGUGAGGAGGAAGGAGAGACCAGCAAGACCACCUCCACCACAGACUCUCAAAGACAGAGACAACGGCUAUGACAGAGGGAGGCACAAGUAUGACAGAGAUGGUGCAAGAGAACAGGAAUGGGAGAGGCAUUUGGCAAAAGACCACAGGAGAGGCAGGGAGCAAGAUCUCAGGCAUGCAAGAGACAGGGAAAAAUCCAGAGAGAGAGAAUACACUGGGCCCAGGCAUGCAGAGAGAGAUGGAGACAGACGGAGACAAAAAGAGAGAGACGGACAACGAGCGAGAACCAGGAGCAGGGAGAGACGACUUGAAGAGGACCCGUUUGGUCCCGAACACAGGGGGGACGGGCCGAGGGAGAGAAGCUCCACCUGGGAGGAGAAUGAAUAUGAUGGGCAGAGGAAGGACGGGAGCCGGCAGCGUGUUCGCUCCAACACCUACGAGGUCUCCGACAAUUUCAAGAAGGAUGAAGUACGAGGGAACAACGGGGAGUUGUGGGAACACCGACACGGGGAGGGGCACGGCAGGGAGCGCAGUCAUAGUCAACCAAACCGAGAGACAGGUCGUAUUGUGCACAAAGGAAGUGGAGCAGUUGUAGCAGAAACUGAGUACGGACUAGGCGAGGCCACCAAGGGUUUGACCAAGCUUGACCUCCGCGAGCAGGAGCUAAAAGACAUGGAAGUGGCUCGAAAACUGCAAGAGGAGGAACUCAAGGUGAAGAACAAGGCAAGCAAAAUGCACGUGCGUGCAGCCCAAGUGGCGCAGGAUGAGGAAAUCGCCCGACUCCUGAUGGAAAAAGAGAAGAAGGAGUACAAGAAAAACCGAGACCGGGAGAAAGAGAAGGAGAGGGAGAGGGAGAGGUUGGCCAUGGAAAGGAUGGCAAUGGAGAGGAGGCGGCAUGAAGGAGACUACAGGCCAAAUUCGGAGGAAGUUGUGCGGCCCAGGACACGAGAUGAGUAUGAAUACCAGAAGCACAGAAACCACAACAAACCUGGCGGGCCUCCUCAGCCUCGUACACAUGACUAUGAGAAUGUGCACUCGGGCUACGGCUACGCAGACCCCGCUGUAGCCUCUCGCCCCCCAGCAAGACCCGAAGCUGCUUACAAAGGUGCCUACCACAAGCGGUGACUCAGGCUCUACAAUGUCCAGAUGUGGUGUCAGUCCUACUUCAUCCUUAUUAUUUUUAUUCAAUUUUAUUUUAUCUUGCUGUUUUCAACCAUUCACUUUUCUUGUUUUUGUUGCCAAAAGCCUUGGGACAAUCUGCUUAGUUGGAAAUAGAAAUGGAAAUGUCUUUUUUUUUUUAUUGUUUGGUUGUUGUUUUUUUUGCUCUUUUUAAACCCUCCAAGGUUAGCUUUGAGCUGACAAAGUAAGUCUGAGUGCUGGAACCACAUUCAGAAGUUCUUUUUUUUUUUUUUUUUUUAAUUUAUAUUAAUUUGUAAAUUGUGAGUAAUAUAAUUAUUUUAAUUGACUUGGCAUUAAGACUAGCCAAAAGAGCAGAACAGUCUGGCGACAUAACGUCCCUUGAUUUGUAGCUGUUGAAGUAGAGGAACUGGCUCUUCACCUGCUGUUGUCAUAUUGUGCUAUUCGUCCCAUUUGUGGACCAUGCUAUUACAAGGGCUUAAGGCCUGAGCUGGAUAUACUAUAACCAUGCAAGUUCUUCAUAACUCUUACUGGACACAGUCCAGGCUGGCUGCUGCAGUGUCUUAGAUAACGUGGCAGCUGCUUUUUACACCUGAGCUGUGUUGCUGUGCAGCCAUCUGACCCUCUUCAUGUGCCACACAGCCUGUGAAUCUGGAAGGAUUCAUUUCUGUUGUUGUAUUAUAGUAAAAUUAAAGACAAUUAAAAAAAAAAGCCUUUAUCACCUUGAUGGUAGUUCUGGCUUUGUUUGUAUGUGUUCCAGUGUGGAGAAGUUGGAGCUCUGUGAUGAUACAUUGACAUGAUCAAGCUGUUGGCUGUCUUCGUCUGCUUUGUCGGGGGGGGGGGACUUUUUAGUCCCCUUAAACUGAAAGUGGUCUGACUGUAUAUGAACCACUGUUUCUCUGCAUGUUUACUGAGUGUACAACUGUGUACAUGCAUUUCAGCUCUGUAGAAAUUAAUCUGGCUUCUCAAUCUAAAAGGGCUAAAGCCACAAAAAGCCAAUACUCUUUGUAAAUGAACAAAAAUAUCUACUCACCCGUAUUAUACUUCUGUACAAAAUGACACGUUUUUGCCGUUUUUCUCAUAUCAGCUUGUCAUUUUACAAUCCAAAACUGAAAUGCAUGUAUGUUGCUUGUCUGUUAAACUGAAUUCAUGUUUUUUUUUUUGCUCUUUUUUUUUUUGUUUUUACUUGUGCCAUCCUAUUGUAUCACAUAAUUAUGGAAAAUGGUUGACUCUGAAAUAUUACUUUGUACCAGUUCUUUUUUUUUUUUCACAAAGGGACCUUUAUUUAUUUUUAUACAAUAUUUUACUGAUUUUUAUUUUUUUCCCCUCACAUUGUUCUCUUGAUUUCAUCCAAAGUUUCCCACUGUCACUUCCAGUUCUUUGUCUCGGACUGAAAGACGGACAUUACUUCCUGCCUGCAGAAAAGGCAAAAUAUUUUCACAAUACAGGACAAGUUCAUCUGGAUGAAGGGAAAUCAGUCACAUUCCAGUUCAAACUGGCCCAUUUCACUGUUUCUUGACCUGCAAUUUUCUGUUCAUAUUGAAUAAUGAAAAUGAAAGAGCACAGUUAAUCAUCAGUUUACAAAAAUGUUUGCACUGGCAACAAAAUGAUUCACUCUUGGGACAUUUGGUGUUGGUUUCAAGUACGAAGUGAAUGGUAGUAAAUGUUAUGCUCGGGAUCCAUAGCAUGUUCCCCGGUUGUGAGAAGACACUUUGCCAAGUGUGAUGUGUUUGUAUUGCAGAGGAUAAACUGAUGAAUUUAAUUUUGUAUACAUCAAUUGCCCUUGACAGAAUGGGAUGUGUGCCAAAUGAUAUCUUAAUUUCCAGGGACUUAAAUGAGAAGGAAAAGUAAAACAAAAGCAGCAAAGUUGUAUCAGUCCCCCGCUCCUUGUAAGGUGGGACUGGAUUUCUGAGGGGAACAACUUUGUAAACACUGACAGUUGAGGAUUAAAGAUAUAUAUGAAAA